AUGACCGCUCUCCAUGCCCACUUCCACCAACGCAACCAGCAGGCCUUCCAGCGCCUGCUGGACUCCGGCCGGACCCCGCACUCCGGACCCAGCACCAGCGGAGGCAAGUCCUGGUCGCGCCCCAGUCCGCUAAGUGCCGCCUCGUCUGUGGAUGUGAACGCGAGGGACCAUUUGGGGAGGACCGUCCUCCACCUGGCCGCGUCCGCGCAGGAUGCCGCCGCGACCGAGUACGUCCGGAUGCUGCUCGCGCACCCUACCAUCAGCGUGAACGUCGCCGAUGCGGAGAGUCACUGGACGCCCCUGCACCGCGCGCUCUACCAUGGCAAUCUCGCGACGGCGUUGCUCCUGCUGCAACGACAGGACAUCGAUACGUCCGUACGAGACACCGAGGGGUACACGCCCUUUGACCUAUACAACUCCACCAUCGAAGGGACCAUGCCCGAGAAAGACGCGAAUGAGCGCGGCGACGAACUGUACACCUGGGGUUCGAAUAGGAACGCCGCGCUCGGCGUGGGGGAUGGAGACGACAGGACAUACCCGGAACUGCUGUCCUUGCGCAUCUCCCCUGUGCCGGAGACGGAGCCCAUUGACAGCCGGUUCACACCCAUCCGUGUGAGGCAAAUCGUAAUGUCCAGGCUGCACACCGUGAUCGUAACAGACGAGCCCAGGGCAAACCUUCGUGUAUGCGGGUUCGGCAGCGGCGGGCGUUUGGGGCCCGGUCAACAUACCCAAUACGCCCCAAUUCCCCUGCCGGGAUUCAACCAGACCGUCAAGUCCGUCGCGCCUGGGCAGGAUCAUACCCUUAUUCUCACCAAGACCGGAGAGGUCUACAGCUGGGGAUUGAACAGGUUCUCGCAGUUGGGAUAUGUUGUCGAGACUGCCACUGGUGCGCGGAGCGAAGAACCCAUCCAGGCGACUCCGCGAAGGAUUUCCGGGGCUAUCAGAAACAGGACCGUCCUCGGCGUCGCUGCAUGCAAGACCGCAUCAGUGUGUUGGACUGCCGACGAAGUCUUCACCUGGGGCACCAACAACGGGCAACUUGGGUAUGAUCGGGCAGCACAUCCUGUGCAACUCCAGCCUCGAGUAGUUACCAAAAUUACUAAACCAGUAACCUCGGUCUCCAUAACAGACUCCGCUCUAGCGUGUCUCGUGGAUACUCAGGAAGUGAUUUGCCUAUGGAACGAUGGUCAUUUCAAAGUCAACUUCCCUGCCUAUUCAUUCCCGUCCGAGUUCGUCGCAUACCGCCCUCCACAGGCUGCUACUCGGAACAGCGCCAGCAUCGACAAGAUCACAAGCUGCGAAGAUACUUUCGCUGCUCUAUCUUCCAGCGGAGAGGUCUUUACCUUUUCCCUUCCGCCCCCACCAGACGUUGGAGCCAGCGCAACGAAGUCCCGCUUCGUAGUGCAGCCGCAGCGCGUUUGGGCACUCCGAAAGCAGUUCAGUGCCGUCCGCGAUGUUGCCCUCGGCGUUGACGGCUCCAUCAUCAUCUGCACUGAGUCUGGUCAUGUCUUCGUGCGCUCGCGCAACUUGAAGGCCGGCCAAAGCAGCUCGGCAAAGACCUUCCGGUUCCAGCGUAUCCCCUACAUACAGCGCGUUACGCAGGUCUGCGCGAACGCUACUGGGGCAUUCGCUGCCCUGCGUUCUGACUGGGUUCCAGAAGAAGUCAAAGUCGUUGGUCAUCGGCUUCCCCAGGACCUCGCGACGAUCCAGCCCUACUUCCAUCUGUUGUCGCGCACUACCAAGGAGGAUGUCGCUCCUGUUCCCAUCGUUACUUCUGCCGAAGCUUCCCCUGCUACGGUGUCUCCACCGGACGCGGAGUCGGACGGGGAAGAAGAGGAUGCCGCCGUGCAGCACGACAUCAGGCAGCUGAAGUCCCUAUGCGAGGUCAUCCUUCGUCUCAAGGAGGCUCGCAAAGGGACAGAAGCAAAGCCUGUGCUCGAUCUGGAGGACAUGCCUUUUGGCGCAGACCUGCUCGUCCACGUCCAGUCCUCCGGCAUCGAGCUUCCGGCCCACCGCGCGAUCCUCGCUGCCCGUUCUACGGUACUAUGCCAGGUCUUGGCAGACGGCAAGACGGUGCGGGAUCCGCGCUCCAGCCUCUCCGUGCAGGGCCACGCCAAUAAAGCUGCGUCGCGCCGGUCUCGCCUAACGUUCACUGGAUGGCACCCGCUCUCGGUGCUCAUCCUGUUCGUCUACCUAUAUGCGGACGAGCCCUUGGCGCUAUGGGACCACCGCAUCGGGCACGCAGUCCUGCACCAGCUGGAGCGGGUGAAGGCCAAACCUGCCCAGAUCAAGACAGAGCUGCAGUCCCUUGCGUCAGUCCUGGACCUGCCUGCGUUGUUGGACGUCCUCGACGCGCCGGUCAAGCGCGCCCCGAAGGCAACACUGUCGCGCGACUUGCAACAGCUCUUCGCCGUGAACCAGGCCGAGGGUGUAAGCUCCGCGCGACCACUGUCUGGGGACCUGGUCUUGCAGCUUGCCGAGCGCAAGGUCUACUGCCAUUCGGUAAUUCUACGCGCGCGCUCUCCGUUCUUUGCUGCCUUCUUCGACGACAAGGAUUGGACGUCGAAGCGGUGGACGCCAGAGGGCACCGUCAUCGUCGACCUCAAGCAUCUGAAGUGGCGCGCGAUGGAGCCGGUCCUGAAGUACUUGUGCGGCGGCGACGACAAGGAGAUGUUCGACGUCGUCACGGACGUGCGGUCGGUGGACGAGCUGCUCGACUUCAUGUUCCAGGUCAUGGCCGUGGCGAAUGAACUACACAUCGACCGGCUCAUGCUAAUCUGCUCCUGGGUCAUCAUGCGUCGCGUUUGGAUCAACAAUGUCUGUUCUAUCCUGACGGACGCCACCCACUACCACGCGAGGCCGCUCGUCCGGCUCCUGCAUGAAUACCUUGCGAUCAACAUGGAAGUGUUCCUAGAGAGCCGCAUGCUCGAGGACCUCGCCGCGGAGCAUAUCAAGCAACUUUCCGCGUACGUGCGCGCCGAGCAGACGCGCAAGUACCCCGUCUCGCGCUCGACGCGCAUCGUCGACAAGGCGAUGGAGACAUGGGGCGCGUGGCUCGCGUUACAGGACUUCCCGCAGCCGAUCGUCCCGUCUGCGCGCUCUGCAGCCUUCAGGGACUCCGCCAAGCUAUCGCCCCCAGGCCCGAGCAAGCGGGGGAACAGACAGUCGUCGGUCCCUAGCAGCCCGAUGCUGCGUCCGACGUUCUCUGCGCGCCCGGUCACGACGGGCAUUCCGGACGACGAGAUGUUCCUGAUGGACGAGCCGGAGUCUGCACCGCAGCCGUCGCCCACGCCCCCGCGCGUGUCGGGUGGCGAGUCGUCGUCCGCAAAGGCCGCCAGCGGAUGGAAGUCAAUCACAUCCCCACCGAAAGUGGACAUGAAGGCGAUCAUGGCUGAGGCCUCCACCAAGGUCGGCGUUGCGCGUCCCCCUGCCGCUCGUGGUCCUACCAGCAGUCUUGAAGCCAUCUCACGAGGACCCCCUCCCGCUCGACCUUCGGCAGAGGGCAUGUCCAAGGCCGUGCCUCUACCUCGUGCGCCUUCAGGUGGCCAGUCAUGGAGGACUCCGCCGCAAGGCGCUACACCCAGCGGUACGCCUGCGACCGCAUCCGUCUCGCUGCCUCCUGCGAAGGAAGUGCGACCUCAGCCAAGCGGGCUGCCGUCCACACCUACUGUUGUACCAGCAGCGGGCCCAUCUACCCCCCGGUCCCAACCAGGAACGCCGCGCAAGCCUGUCGCUCCCGGUCUGGGCCCAGUGUUCACGCCGACGAAGCAGGCGUCAACAUCGUCUGGCGCGUCGUCAAUCCGCCGCGUAUCGAGCGGCAGUGUGUGGACACCGCCUCCCGUCCAGCCCGUCCAACCCGUUGUGCGGGCAUCCUCCUCGAACUCCGCCGUGUCCUUCGCCGCGAUCCAGCUGUCCCAGCUCGAGCAGGACGCUGCUCCCGCGAAGGACAAGCGCACGCUCGUCGAGAUCCAGGAGGAGGAGCGUGCUCGCCAGGUCGAGGAUGACUUCCUCCGUUGGUGGACGGCCGAAGAGGAGCGCUUGAAGGGGGAGCAGGCGGCCGUCGCUGCGCUCGUCUCGGGCAAGCCGCAGAAGCCAAAGAGGGUGCGCGCGCCGAAGAGCAAGCCGCCGGCGCCUGGGGGAGGGGAGGCGCCGCGGGGCGGCGGCAAGGCGAAGAACGCGGACGGGCCUAAGCCGCAGCGGACGAAGCCCGCUGAGCGAAGUCGCGGGGGCGAGGCUCUAGCCCAGCAGGUGCCGGAGCAGGGCCAGGGCGGGAAGCCGCGUCGACGACGUCCUAUACCAGGCGCUACCAGGGAGGAGGUCCGCAAGUCAGAGGCCUAGCCAUGAUGCGUCACGCCGCGGUAUGUACCAUUUGACGUAGAAUUUGCGUAGAUGUGUACAUGUACAGCAUAUGCAUAUUGAUCGGGUAGAGCAGCGAAUACCAACAAGAUCGGUGGUUAUUGUGGAUGCUGCAUCCUUCGUGGUUCGUCUGUAUAGGUACAAUAUAGAUUACAUGGACAUAGCUUCUGG